AUGGGACCCAUUUACCUUUUCAUCUCCAAUCAUAAAGUGACUAAUGUUUUUUAUUUCUGUUUGCCACAAGUAACAAUUUUCUUCCACAAGAUUGAAACUACCAGGAAUGCGUGCACCAAACGAGUGGGGUUCAAAAAGACUUUCAUUAUUGGUGAGAGCCUCAUCAAGUGCGUUGUUCCAAAGCCCAUUCAGAGGGCCAGACCUCAGGUCACUCCUAAGGUCGUCAAGACCCAACUCAAGAAAACACCAUCUAAGAACGCUCUUCGAAAUGCAAGAAAGAGGGUUGCGAGUGCUUUAAGAAAGAAAGAAGUAAAGAAGGAGUCUAUUGAGGCAAUAUUAUCCGAGCUUUCUGGGACAAGCCCCAUGGUGACCGAAGGCAAGAACACCUCAACCACCCUGACUGUGCCGACUCCCAAGAGGACAAAUGCUACCCAAUUUGUCCGAAUCAUGAUUGGAUCAAUUCCGGUCUACCUAUAUACUACAGAUUCAGCCUUGAUGACUUCCAUCGAUGAAACUAGCGAAGAAAGUCAGAAGGAUGACUCUCAAGAAAACAUUGAGGUCCAAGGGGUCGAACCUCCGUCAAGCCCUAGAGCCCAUGCUGUGGAAUCCACAUUACAAGAGGUUUACCCAUGUUCUCAUAAAGGUAAAAACAAAGCCAUCAUCAUGAAAAAGAAAGUGGUGAACAUACCUCAUCCACAAAGGAAGAAUGUGAAAAGGGUGAAGACAAUUGAUGUUUCAAGGGAUCAAAUCCUUGUAUCACAGGGGGCAGUCCCAAAACCUCAAGAUCAGUCGAGGACCUACAUGGGUCCAUUGACUCGCUCUAAAUCCCGAGACAUGAUGGGGACGGUUAUUCCCGAGUUAUCCAGUUUAAAUUCAACCUGCUUGGACGAUUAUUUGCUAUGGAAUCCUCUUUAUGAUGAUCCCAUACUUCAAACUUAA